CAAAAUGGGCCGCAGCGAUGAAUCCACGAACAUUCUCUAUGGAGGUUACAAGCUGCGCACCGACGAAUCCCUCAAUGAAGGGGACUAUACCUUCGUCAUGCAGUCCGACUGCAACCUGGUGCUGUACGCCAACAACAACAACCAGGUCAUGUGGUCCUCCGAAACCAACAACCUAGGUAGGAGGUGCUUCGCCCGCAUGCAGACCGACGGCAACUUAGUCAUCUUCGACGGUAUUAACUUCAACAAAAUUUGGGAUAGCAACACCCGCGGCCCAGAGGGCAAGUACAUCCUCGUCCUGCAGCGCGACGGCCACGUCGUUAUCUACGGCAGCCCUAUAUGGACCAUCCCCAACGAUGAACCCACGAACAGGAAGAUCGCCAUGCUGACUAAACACUAG